AUGCCAUCAACAAUUCCAAAAACACAAAGAGCAGUAAUUUUUGAAGAUUUUAAUGGUCCCUUAACAUUACAAGAAAUCCCCAUACCUGAAAUUCAACCAAAUGAAAUAUUAGUUAAUAUAAAAUAUUCUGGAAUUUGUCACUCUGAUUUAUCAACUUAUCAUGAAGCUUGGGGAAGUUUAACAAAUACAAAAGUUUUAGGACAUGAAGGAGCAGGUAUAGUAGUUGCAGUAGGUUCAAAUGUAACAGGUUGGUCAAUUGGAGAUUACGCAGGUGUUAAAUUAAUUAACUCUACUUGUUCACAAUGUGAAUAUUGUCAACAAGCUCAAGAAAUCUUAUGUUCAAAAUUAACAUUAAAUGGAAUAAAUAGAGAUGGAACUUUUCAAGAAUAUUGUGCAACUGACGCAUUAAACGCUGCUCAUUUACCAAAACAUGUAGAUUUAUCUCAAAUUGGUCCAAUUUUAUGUGCUGGUGUUACUGCAUAUAAAGGUUUAAAAACAUCAGGUGCAAGACCUAAUGAAUGGGUAGCUAUUGUUGGAGCUGGUGGUGGAUUAGGUUCAUUAGCUAUUCAAUAUGCAAAAUCAAUGGGGUUAAAAGUUGUUGGAAUUGAUGGUGGUGAAGAUAAAGCUUCGUCUGCUAAAAAAUUAGGUGCUGAUGAAUUUAUUGAUUUUACUAAAGUUAAAGAUGUUGCAAAAGAAGUAAUUGAUAUAACUGGUGGUGGAGCACAUGCAUGUAUUAAUGUUUCAACUUCUGAAAAAGCAAUACAACAAUCUGUUUCAUAUGUUAGAUCAAAUGGUACUGUUGUUUUAAUUGGAUUACCACCAAAUGCUAAAAUUAGUAUUGAUAUUUUACCUACAGUUUUAAGACAAGUUACUAUAAAGGGAUCAUAUGUUGGAACUAGAUGGGAUACUUCUGAAGCUAUUGACAUUUUUGCUAGAGGUUUAAUUAAUUGUCCUAUUACGGUGGUUGGAUUGGGUGAUGUUCCAAAAGUUUUUAAAUUAAUGGAAGAAAAUAAAAUUGUAGGUAGAUAUGUAGUUGAUACAAGUAAGUAA